AUGGCGAUCACAAAAAUAUGCUGUAUAGGCGCUGGAUAUAUUGGUGGGCCCACGUCAUGCAGUAUAAUAGCAAUGCAGUGUCCACACAUAAAAGUCACGGUUGUAGACAAAAGUGUUCAUCGUAUUUCCCAGUGGAACUCAGAAAAAUUACCCAUCUACGAAGCAGGACUCGACAACAUUGUAAAAAAACGAAUAAAUGUAAACUUGUUCUUUUCUACAAACAUCGAAGAAGCUAUCCAAGAAGCAGAUUUAAUUUUCAUUUCUGUUGAUACCCCUACAAAGACAUCUGGAGAAGUCAAAGUAAGUAUCGUCUACCUUUACCUGCUAAAACAAUAUGAUUAG